AGAUGUCUCUGCCCUGUGUCUGCAACAGUGCAAACCAACAGGUAUUGUCCGAACAAUGGCAGAGGGAUAAAGGCAGCCGACAAAGGACUCAUGAUGAUUGGCGAGCGAUGCAAACCAUGGCCAUCCUCUCUCCUCUUGAUUUCCCUGUGCCUCAAGGCCUAUCCCCCAUUCAUCCACAUUCGGCAUCCAUUCCAAGUCCAACCCAGGCUGGCGGAGGGGCUGCCACUCUGCGACCCCUCCGUGGUCCCUCCCCUCUCAGCAGUUGCAUCACUUUGGACUGCGCCCAUUGUCACUUUCUCCAUGGUGUUUUUCUCUGACGACACCCCCCCUCUUCAACCACCCCUCAGUGGAGAUGGUAGGCUGUACUCCUUGACGAAAUACUGCGUGUUCGUUGGCUCAAGGGGCUGUAGCCAAAGAGCUAAGGCGGCGCCGACUCUGUUUCAAUGAAGCGGAGCCUUGCGGACAAGGUGACGGGAUGGACGCAAAAAAGCUAGCUUGUCUAUUCGCCGCAAGGCAAGAUAAUACUGGGGAUGAUGGCAUGGCUGGGGUUGAAGGGGGAUGCGGCGUUAUGUCAUUGCUCUGGGGCAGUCCUUGACACAGACUUCUCUCAUUUUGGUGGGAGCCCGGCCAGAAGUACCUGGUACUCCGGGUACCUACGCGAUGAUCUCAGCGCGGGAAAAGAGAGUACAUUGACGAUAC